ACCCGCCAAUAAAGCCACAGAAGAAGAAGAAGAAGGUUGUUAGCAAAUGAUCCAUAUGAAUAUGUUCAUUAUGAUUACUAACCUAACGCAUCAAACAUAGUGGCUAUUAUUAUAGAUUUCCACAUGUAUGAACGGUUUCAAAUUGCCAUUAUUGUACCUGAAACGCCAUUUAUGUUUUAUCAUAUUAUCAGUAUAAUGUAGGCUAGAUUAUUUUAUCUUAUGCUAUAACAGCGUAGUUAUUGUCGUUAUGAAAUUAUAGAAUUUACUGCACCGAUAUACUUCCUUUUGCUGUAUCUUGAGGAAUAUAAGUCCAGAGAGGCCAUGGCCAGUGUGCAUGAAAGUUUGUAUUUCAACCCCAUGAUGACAAAUGGGGUUGUUCAUGCCAAUGUCUUCAGUAUAAAGGACUGGGUGACUCCAUACAAGAUCGCAGUAUUAUCUUUACUCUAUGAGAUGUCCACAACCAAACCAAUGGCGCUUCUAGACAGAAGACGCCUGAACAAACUCAUCCUACCUAUACAACAGGGUCCAGAUUUGACUCUAGAGCAGUUUCUGAAGAUAGUAGAGGAGUGCUGUCUUCGCAUGGUCAAUGCUGUGAAACUCAGGUUGUUUUUAAUGGCUGAUGGAGAAUUGCAGGAUAUGGAGCACUUUUUUACCAUGCUGCCCAAUGCUUUCAGUGACUCAGAGGCCUUCAAAACUAGUGUUGUUGGUCUGUUCAUGCGUCAGAUGCUGCUGGCCUACAAUAAACUGUCCUUCAGUCAGGUGUAUAAGCUGUACAAGUCCCUGCAGCAGUACUGCCGUCGUGGCAAUCAGCCCGAACUCUCCGCUGAAGACAUGGAGCUGACGAGCAAUGAGGAUCCCAGCGCUGACCGCAUAGACAAAGACGAGCUGGACACAGCAUCUUUACACCAGUCCGAGCUGAGAUCUGAUGAGACCCGGGGUCCUUUAUCUCAGAAACAAGCAGAAUACUUCCUUGCACGACAGGCAUACCUCCUUAAGAACGAUGAAAACAAGGCCAUGUCACCAGCUAAGCUACAGGACGAGCUUAACAACAUUCUCAAAUUCAAUCCUGACUUUGCUGAAGCUCAUUACCUCAGCUAUCUGAACAGCAUGCGAGUGCAGGAUAUCUACAUCUCCACUCACAGCCUCCUGCACUACUUUGACCGCCUCAUUCUUUCUGGUGGAGAGGGGAAGAGCAACGGAGAUGAAGGCUAUGGCCGCAGUUUGCGCUACGCUGUCCUGAAUCUGGCAACCUUGCACUGUCGCUUCGGACACUAUCAACAGGCUGAUUUGGCUCUGCAGGAAUCAAUCCGCAUUGCACAGGAAGCAAAUGACCACGUGUGUCUUCAACACUGUCUGAGUUGGCUCUACACACUGGAACAGAUGAAAGGAUCUGAUAGUGUGGUAUUAACUGAAGACUCUGUGAAAAUUGCAGCUCACUUUUGUCUCCCUUAUUUGGCUUCUCUAGGCAUUCAGUCUCUGGUCCAGCAGGGAGCAAAACAAGGCAUGCCGGCCAACAAGCUGCUGGACGCCCUGCGAGGAACCGACAUCAUGCACUGGAAGCAAAGCCUCUCUGAGCUGAUAGAAAUCAGCCUGGCACAGACCACCUCUAUAUGGAGGAUGUAUGGAAAAAGCACUAUGGCACGGCAGCAGGCUCAGCUCCUGUUGAACAUGAACAGUCUGGAGCCAGUGAACUUUGGUGUGCAGCAGAACAACACUGAGGCCUUUGCUGUCACUCUCUGCCAUCUGGCUGAACUCCAUGCUGAGCAGAGAACCAUACCUGAAGUUUUUCACCCGGAUUUCUCCACAUAUUUCUCCUCCAUCAUGGAGGCUCUCGGGGGAUACCCCACCAAACCAUCUGCUUCUAGAGCAGGACUGAUCAAGGUCUUAGUGAGUGUGGCCGUGUGCAUGGGCUCACUGUACCUACUGCAGAGUAAACUGUCAAAGUCGCGAAAAGCCAAAGAUUUCUACUCGUAUGAAGUGAAGGACGCGAGAGGCAGGACCGCCUCACUGGAGAAGUAUCGGGGGAAAGUCUCUCUGGUUGUAAACAUGGCGAGUGGAAGCGAGUUAACGGAGCAGAAUUACCGGGCUCUGCAGGAGCUUCACCGAGAGCUCGGCACGUCUCAUUUUAACGUGCUCGCCUUUCCCUGCUCGCAAUACGGUGACACCGAAUCAGGUACCAGCCGAGAAAUCGAGGGUUUCGCCAAAUCCUACUACGGUGUGACGUUCCCCAUCUUCAGCAAGAUCAAAAUAAUGGGGUCGGAGACGGAGCCCGCAUUCAGGUUCAUCACAGAUUCAAUACAGAGAAUCCCAAAAUGGAAUUUCUGGAAGUUUCUUGUGAGUCCUGAGGGCCAGGUGGUGCGUUUCUGGAAGCCGGAGGAGCCCAUAGAUGAAAUCCGAAAGGAAGCCACAGCGCUUGUGCGGAAUAUCAUAUUGAAGAAGAGACAGGAACUAUGAUGUGCACAAACUCCUUUAGAGACUCAGUCAUUGUGCACCUUUAAGUGUGUAUAGAUCUUCUGUGUUAUUUUGGUAAAUGUGAAUGAAACUGGCAUAAGAUUCAUCAGUAAGGCCUGUCUUUGUGUGCUUGUAUGUGUGUGUUAACGUUAAUAAAUAAUUUGAAUUUUUGUGAAAGGAAAUGUGAUUUUGAAAAACAAUAUACCUUUUAAAAUGUCUUUUAACAAUCAAACUGGAAUAUUUAAAGAUGCAACCCUGCAAAUGUUUCAAACCACUUUUCUGGCAUGUGACAAGAAAACCACUGAACAAUCAAGAUUGUA